AUUAAAUAUCUAUUUUAAAUUAAUGUCUUAAUCAGUGCUUUGGGAAGUAGUUAAGGGCAACAAUGCUUUUUUGGUCAAGAGAAACGGAUUGACACUCUCAACCGAUCCAUUCAACAACACUGGAGUUUAAACAUACAGCAGCACAGGUACAGAGCCUAUGUUAAUAUAAAAAAGGAUUCAUUACAUAAAAUGCUAUUGGAGUAGUACCAACAUAAGCAAAGGUUAAUUAAAUCAACAAUGUGAAUUUGGUUGCCAGAAAGAGCACCAAAUUCCAAUAGGCUGACAGAAAGACCAAGAAUACUCAAUCAGUUUAUGCUUCAACCUUGAGUGUCAAACACGGAAUCCACACAGCCUCAAGAGUAUGUCAUGUCUUAUCAACCCUAGGUAAUCAGAAAGAGAUUCGGCACAAGAAGACUCGGAUUGUAGAAGGCAGCUCUCAGAAAAUUGGUCAAAUUGAACAGAGCCAAUGCUGUCAGAAGAAGAAACGAAAUUGCUGCAUCUAAGGCAUAAAAGAAAUGAUUUGCAUUAUCAAACGAUGUACAAUACAUAUAUAUAUAUA